AUGUCGUGCUCGGAACCAGUGAACUGUACAUAUACAGGUGGAAUUAUCCCUUUCGACGCAGACUCUGAUAUUGCUGGCAUUGGAGUUCUUCUAGGCUUUCUGAUUCCGGCAUGGCUGACGUUCCUAUUCGUUGUCGUCACGUUUCUGUUCAUCGAAGAAGGCAUCUCCCGGGACAAUUUAAAUGACCUGGAUCUCAUGUUAAUCCAUAGGAUUCGCAGACUCAAACAGAGGGUCAGUUUGGUUAGAAGGACCUCGGCACCAAUCUCUCGAGACUCGAUCCAAAGGAUUGCCUUGACCCUUAGCGACCAGAAGCUUAUUACCGGUGCAUCCAUUAUGAUAGUCGGCUUCUGCAGCCAUUGCUCGCUGACGCAGUAUCACUUCAAAGUCAUCCAGUUGCUUGGGCAUGUUUCUUUUCUCACAUAUCAGUCCACAGUGAUGAUUGUGUGCGAAGUGUUGUUGGAUGCCCCAGCAAAGAAGCACUGGAGAGCAAUCUGGAAUUUUGCGAUCUUCGUGCUGGUGGCUGUCUGCACCGUUAUUGUAUACAGUGACAACUUCCUUCAGAGUUAUGGGCUUUCGGUGCAAUGCAUUUGGAACGAUUUGAAGUACUCUUCGGCGAUCAAUGUUGUCCUUCUCGCCCUCCUGUUCUGGGAUCUUGUGGCCACAAUUGAUGACCUGUAUCCGGGCUACUUGGAUUGGAAAGAUUGCGCUCUACGAGAGGUGUUUCGAUAUCCUGGCUAUCUCUUUAAUCUGAAAUCCAAUGCCCCCAAUAAUGGUCUCCAAGGCGAUGAAAAUAACUGGGCCUUUGGCCAGAUCCCUUCGGUGCUCCUUCUCUUCCUGCCAGCGUCUGCAGUCGCGGAGAUGCUAUAUGAUGGCCUAUCCAAACACAUGUCCGAAACUACUCCCACAGAAAGAAACGAUUCUCGUCAACAGGAAUCCACUCCCCACGUUGAUUGCAUCAUAGGAGGGGCUGUGAACAAUGAGAACGGAGAAGUCGAUCCUUCCUCAACAACCGACGCUGGGUGCUCUAUACAAGGAACGGCUUCACAAGCCGUAACUAGAAGCAGAACCGGAGAUAUUCUUACACAGUAUUGGCUCAAAGAUAACGAACCGGCCAAGUUACUAGUGAUGGAGGGAGACACUCGUCGCAGAGGAUAUGCAUUUAUCCGUAAUGAGCUCAUGGUUCUACAGCAGAGUCUGUAUAACUCGAGAAGUUUCAAGCUCUGGUUGUUCUGUACUACAUGUGGGAUGUUUAUAGGGAUUCCAUUCGCUGCUCUCUACGGUUUUCCCCUUUAG